CUUCAAAAGUUGAAAGAAACCACCGCGCCGUGAGCCGCGCGCCUGACCGCCUGAGCCGAACCUCCUGAAGCGUCCGCGUCCGCGUCCGCGUCCGGCCCGCGCGUUUAUUUAUUCCUCUCGCCGCCCUCGUCACUCCAGCACCUCCCUCCAGAGCUCGGCCUCCCUCACCACACCACACGCAAGGCAACCGCGGUUUCAGCUAGCUAGCUAAGCUCGCCGUCGCGCCAAUUCGCAGCGUACAAUGGCGACGCACGAGGACGUGGAGAAGGGCGGGGUGAGGAAGGAGGCCGGCAAGGUGCCGUCGCCGCUGUACCCGCAGCACGAGGGGGAGCGCGAGUGGGUGCCGUGGAUCGUGCCCGUCUUCUUCGUCGCCAACAUCGCUGUCUUCGUGAUCACCAUGUACGCCAACAACUGCCCCGCCCACACCCGGGCCCGCGACGGCAAGUGCAUCGCGCGCUUCCUCGGCCGCUUCUCGUUCCAGCCGCUGCGCCAGAACCCGCUCUUCGGCCCCUCCUCCGCGACGCUCACGAAGAUGGGGGCCCUUGUGUGGGACAAGGUCGUGCACCAGCACCAGGGCUGGCGCCUCGUUUCCUGCAUGUGGUUGCACGCCGGUGUUCUGCACCUGGUGGCCAACAUGCUCAGCCUCCUGUUCAUUGGCUUGCGCCUUGAGCGGCAGUUCGGAUACAUGAGAAUUGGUGCAAUCUACCUCCUCUCCGGGCUCGGGGGCAGUGUCUUCUCCUCUCUCUUCAUCAGAAACAACAUCUCCGUUGGUGCCUCUGGUGCUCUCUUCGGACUCCUCGGAGCCAUGCUCUCGGAGCUCCUCGCCAACUGGACCAUCUACACAAACAAGGUCGCGGCUGUGAUGACCCUGCUGUUCGUCGUCGCGGUGAACCUGGUGCUCGGCAUCUUCCCUCACGUGAACAACUUCGCGCACAUCGGCGGGUUCCUGACGGGCUUCCUGCUUGGGUUCGUGCUGCUGAUGCGCCCGCACCUCGGCUGGAUGGAGCGCUACGGCAUGCCGGCGGGCAGCCCCUGCACCUCCAGGAAGUGCCUCGUCUACCAGUGGAUCCUGCUGGCCGUCGCGUUGGUCCUUGUCAUCGUCGGAUUCGCGGUUGGCAUGGCGAUGCUCUUCCGUGGCGCCAACGCCAACGACAGCUGCCACUGGUGCCACUACCUCAGCUGCGUCCCCACCUCGAGGUGGACCUGUGCGAACUGAGCAACAGAGCACGACAGAGAAAUUUCCGCCCAUUUUUCGUAUAUCCAGUGUUAUGCAUAUAUACAUAUAUUCUGUUUAUUGUAUAUAGCUUAAAGAAGGCACUCUCGAUGGGUCGUGUACUGUAGAGGCACGCUGGGAGCUUCUCUUGUUCAUUUGGUUCAUUCUUUAUAUAUUGCAAUUAUUGAGGUUUGGAACC